AAUGCACAUUCAAGUUCGAAACUUGAUUUUAAGAAAACAAGAUUGUACCAAAAAAAACAGGAAACAAAUGGUAGCUACGAAGUUAACAACGUUGAUGAAAAAGUGUUCAACUGUGAAACAUGCAAAACAAAUCCAUGCACAAAUCAUAACCAAUAACCUUACCCAUCUCGAACCUAUCUUCAUUCAUCGUAUUCUUCUCUGUGAUAUCACCAACUACAAAACUAUAUCAAACUACAUCCUCUCAAUUCUUCACCAUCUUCGCAAUCCAGAUUCCUUCUCAUGGGGUUGUGUCAUUCGAUUCUUCUCUCAAAAGGGUCAAUUUGUUGAAGCUGUUUCUCUCUAUGUUCAAAUGAGGAGGAUUGGGUUGUGUCCAAGUUCACAUGCUGUAUCCUCUAUUCUCAAGUCAUGUGCUCGGGUUGAGGAUGAUUUGUGUGGUUUAUUGAUUCAUGGGCAUGUUCAUAAAUUUGGAUUUGAUGCUUGUGUUUAUGUACAAACGGCGCUGCUUGAUUUGUACUGUAAAAUUGGUGAUGUGGUGACUGCACGUAAGGUGUUUGAUGAAAUGCCUGACAAAAAUGUUGUUUCUUGGAAUUCUCUGUUAAGUGGGUAUAUAAAAGGUGGUAACUUGGAUGAGGGUCAACGUUUUUUUGAUGAGAUUCCAUUGAAAGAUGUUAUAUCUUGGAACUGUAUGGUUUCGGGAUAUGCUAAAGCAGGGAAAAUGGAUCGGGCUUGUUAUUUGUUUCAACAAAUGCCGGAGAGAAAUUUUGCCUCUUGGAACACAAUGAUUACUGGUUAUGUUGACUGUGGAAGCAUUGUGGAAGCAAGAGAAUUAUUUGAUGCAAUGCCAAGGAGAAAUAGUGUCUCUUUGAUAACUAUGAUUGCCGGGUAUUCGAAGAGUGGGGAUGUUCAUUCUGCUCGCGAGCUCUUUGACCAGAUGGAUGAUAAAGAUUUGCUCUCGUAUAAUGCUAUGAUAGCUUGUUAUGCUCAAAGCAGCAAACCAAAAGAAGCCCUUGACCUAUUUAAUGUCAUGCUUAAACCAGACAGCUCUUUACAUCCGGACAAGAUGACUUUGGCUAGUGUUAUAUCAGCUUGUUCACAAUUGGGAAAUCUAGAACAUUGGCGCUGGAUUGAGUCGCAAAUUAACAACUUUGGAAUUGUAUUGGACGAUCAUUUGGCCACUGCGUUAAUUGACUUGUAUGCAAAGUGUGGGAGCAUUGACAAGGCAUAUGAACUAUUCCAUGGCCUGAGAAAGAGGGAUGUGGUUGCAUAUUCUGCAAUGAUCUAUGGUUGUGGAAUAAAUGGAAGGGCAUCAGAUGCAGUCGAGUUAUUUGAACGGAUGGCUGGAGAGUGUAUCAUCCCUAAUUUGGUUACCUACACUGGAAUUCUAACUGCUUACAAUCAUGCUGGAUUGGCUGAAGAAGGUUAUCGAUGCUUUAUAUCCAUGAAGGACAAUGGCAUUGUGCCUUCAGUUGAUCAUUAUGGAAUCAUGGUUGAUCUUUUGGGGAGGGCUGGAUGGCUGGAUGAAGCAUAUAAGCUUAUAAUGAAAAUGCCAAUGCAACCAAAUGUUGGUGUCUGGGGAGCUCUACUUCUCGCCUGCAGAUUACAUGACAAUUUGAAGCUCGGGGAAAUAGCUGUCCAGCAUUGCAUUAAGCUGGAGAGUGAAACUGCUGGUUACUAUUCUCUUCUUUCUGGUAUAUAUGCUACUGUUGGAAAAUGGAACGAUGCCAAGAAGUUGACGACGGGUGUGGAAGGAAAGAAAAUUAUCAAGAUACCUGGAUGUAGUUGGACACAACUUGUGUGAUGUGCCACUCAACUAAUGUAACUCCUCCAUGAUUAGGGAAAUAAGACACAUAUAUUAUCGCUAUAACUUGGGCUCAUAUUGCGUAUUGCGUAUGCUUUCAAUGUGCACAUGAAAAUUUUUGAGGGAUGGAAUUGUGGAAACGAAGUGGUACUAAAGAGUGUGAGGAUGGUAAUUUGGUCUGUGCUUUAGAGUCAUAACAGUUCAAUAUGCUCGAGAGAUAUGCAGCUCUGGGUUCUACAACCUGAGACUUGUGCUUUCUUUCGCAGCCACUUCUUACCCUUUCACUCUCAUUCUGACGAUGGCAAGAGAUGCAACCCUAAGACACAGUGAGCCGGGAUGCAACGGCUGUAAUUCAUCCAACUGAUUUUGCAGACGUUUUUGAAAAUAGUGAGAGGAGUAAAGAAGGCAAGUGAAUUUGUUCAUGUGCGAUGACUAACUGGCUAUGAUUGGGGAGAAAAUCCUAAAUAGUCAAGUACAUUCCUAUCUGCCUAUCCAUUCCUUUUUUUUUUUAAAGAUUAAAUUUUGCAUUAAGCUUUGACCACAUAUCAUCACUUAGAUCUUUGGUCUCACAUGUCUUAGAAAUAGGAUGCACAAACAUGUUUAAGGUACAAAGGCAUCUAAGAUUUCCACGAUUGAUGCGAAAUUGAAGCGCCCCAAGAAAGGACAAAGGUGAUACAAUAUUCCAUCUUCCACCAGCUAGGAUUUGCAUAGUAUGCAAACCAUAACUUGCACCAUGGGACAUUUUUCUGACUUACACGGUGUGAUUUCUCCUUUUCUACACAGUAUUCCAUCUUCCACCAGCUAGGAUUUGUGUUGGUGGUGAUGUCCAUAGUCUCUCUCAACUCGUCUCCAUAUUUCGUGCUUUCGAUUGACCCACCAAGCAAAGUUCCAAAGGGUUUGUCAUUAGUUUAGCAUUCAGUUCUAUGGACGACUUUUUGAUAUACAAAUAAUUAGUGCAUUUUUUGAAGUGAUUGUGAGGGGGUAGUUAACCAAAUCAAGGUUCGGACUUGGAAAUAGUUUUAACACUUGAUCUAAGUCGUCGGCAUGUCUCCUUUGUGAGUGGAGUAUGCAUCCUUUGAAAUUUAUCUCCAAUGGUCAAUUUGUACAUCAUCAACCAUAUAACAUGAACCCAAGAAAAUAAAGGAAAAACAUUCACUAUGUAUGUAUAUUGUCAACAAUACAUAAAACUAAUAUAUUUUUUCUGAAACAUUCAGUUAAGUUUGGACCAGUGAUCAAGUAACAACAAAAGUUUACAUCGACAACAUAAAGGGUAAUAUAAUCUGUGUCAUUUAUUGAUUACAUCAUAUACAGAUUGAGACAAAAGGGUCUUGACUAUAUCAAAGAAUACAAAUUAUUUAAGUACAUAAACUUUUGGUAUUCACACCUCACAUCAGUAUUUCGCUAUCUUGUAAAAAUUAUUUACAAACACACACUUCCCUCGAUUUGAUAAAAUACAGACACAAGUCUUGGUAAUCUGAUGUAUAAAGGAAAGCUUUUGUUAUGUAACCAAAAAAAAAGGAAAGCUUUUGUUAACAAUAACAACAACUAAACUUUAUCACACUAAAUGGAAUCAGCUACAUAAAUUAAAUUAUGUAAGAGUGUUAUAUCAUAAGUCAUAUUUCAAUCAAACUUAAAAAAAUGUAUUAAGGGAAACAUAUACAACUGAGUUUUUAUUAUUAUAUCUAAGAAAUAAAAUAAAUGAUACUUGUGUCUUCGUCUUGAUAGCUUGUUCCUCGUUAUAUUAACACCUUACGUGAGGAGACUAAGUAUAUUGCACCGAACUAGUUUGCAAAUUAUUAUCACGACAAUCAUAGAACAAUAUUUUACGGUUCAUUAAGAAGUACUUUGUAAUUUAAUUUCAAGUUGCCGCAAAUGGCAAUUAUAUCCAGCUCAUAUAAAUCAAGGUCUGG